AUGGAAGGUUAUGGAGUUGGUCCAAUGUCCAUUGGUUUUGAAAGACUGGCAAAGGGAGAGAGACAGACACAAACUUCUUUGCCUCAGCCUUCCUUCUUUGUGCCCUGGAACUCAAAAACGGUGUUAGGUGAGACUUCAAAAACCAGCACUCUCAUUCCAAGUUCUCCUACAGUUACUUCACCUGGACGCACCUUCUCUGAGUCAAUGAUGGAAGAAAGCAUUGAAAAUGCAGAAUCAAUCAUCACCAAAUGGGAUGGAAACACUUCAUCAUCAACGAAAGUUACCUGUCUCUUUCACCAAAGCAGUCAAGAAGCCCAAGAAUACCUCAAAUGUGUUAGAGGCCUUCGUCGAGCCAUGCAUUUUCUUGUUUCUCAAAAUUCGGCAUCUGAUAAGCUCAUUCUUGCUCAAAAGCUCAUGCAAAUGGCCAUGAAAAGGCUUGAAAAAGAGUUUUAUCAGAUUUUGUUAUCGAACCGUGAGCGGCUUGAUCCAGAAUCAGUUUCAAGUCUGUCCUCUGAUGGUUCAGGCAGUUCUGAUGAUGAGCAUGAGCUGAAAAAGGCUGGUGAAUCAAUCACUGAGGUGGAGAGAGUCUCAGCAUUAGCAAUGUCAGAUUUGAGGGCAAUAGCUGAGUGUAUGAGCAGUUCUGGUUAUGGUAAAGAAUGUGCAAAGAUAUACAAAUUGUUCAGAAAAUCAAUAGUUGAUCGAGGGUUAUAUCUACUUGGAAUUGAAAAUUUCAAGUCUUCUCAAAUCAACAAAAUGCAUUGGGAAGCACUAGAGCAUAUGAUAAAGAACUGGCUUAAUGCAGUGAAGAUUGCUGUGAAAGCACUCUUUACUGGAGAAAAAAUUCUCUCUGACCACGUGUUUUCAGCAUCUAAGACUAUCAGAGAGGCUUGCUUUGCUGAAAUAACCAUGGAAGGGGCAAAAAAUUUGUUUAGGUUUCCUGAACUCAUUGCCAGGAACAAGAAAGCGCCAGAGAGAAUUUUUCGGCUGAUGGAACUCCAUGAAGCAAUCUCUGAACUCUGGCCAGAUAUAGAAACAUUAUUCAAUGUUGAAUUGACCUCAGCUAUUAAAUUGCAGGCCCAUUCAUCACUGCACAAAGUUGGUGAGUCAGUUUGCACUUUACUGACCAACUUUGGAUCAUCGAUCCAGAAGGACUCAUCGAAAAGUCUGGUUGUCGGUGGAGGGAUUCACCCACUUGCUAGAUCUGCAAUGAGUUUCAUAUCUUCCCUGGCAGAUUAUGGUGGAAUGCUCUCUAAUAUUCUUGCUAACCAUCCACCAUCCGGAAAGUCACAACUUCCAGAAUCUUACUUUGAGAAUCCAACUCCCAUUGACGGUCCAACACUCGCAGUGUCAGUCCAUCUUGCUUGGCUUAUAUUGGUGCUUUUAUGCAAGCUUGACAGGAAAGCCGAGAUAUAUAAAGAUGUCUCUUUGUCAUAUCUUUUCCUAGCAAACAACCUUGAAUUCAUCAUCAAUCAGGUUCAUACAAGUAACCUGAAGUACAUCCUAGGCGAGGAAUGGGUGUCUAGGCAUACCAAGAAGAUUAAACAGUAUGCUUUGAGCUAUGAAACAGUGGCCUGGAAUAAGGUAUUCUCAUCUUUACCUGAGAGGAAUUUUUCAGUACUUUCACCUGAAGCUGUGAAAGACUGUUUUCGGAGGUUUAAUGCUGCUUUCGAAGAAGCAUAUAUGAAACAGAUAUCGUGGAUUGUACCAGAUGGGAAGUUACGGGAUGAACUGAAGGUGUCAAUAGCAAGGAAACUUGUACCAGCAUAUAGAGAAUUCUAUGAAACGCACUUGGUGACAUUGAGUGGGGAGAAAAACUUGGAGGUGUUAGUAAGGAUUGCGCCUGAUGAUUUGGGAAAUUAUUUGUCAGAUCUGUUCCAUGGAACUCCAGUUUCAUUCACUUUGUUAUCAUCAUCGCAUUCACGAGGAUGCCUUCCAAGGUGA